AUGCAACCCACGGUACAACACUUUAAGAUCCUAGGGAUAUCUCCCACGUCAACAUUAGAUGAAAUCAGGAGGGCAUACCGCAAACUAUCAUUGCGAUACCACCCUGACAAAACACCACGUCGAGAAGAUCAUGAAAAAUUUAAAGAGAUCAAUAUAGCAUAUGAAACAAUUAGAGAUUAUUAUCAAGAGAAUGGGCAAAAGAACAGUCAACCGAUCCCUAACACAAACACAGAGCAUAAUUCCCAUCAAAAACCACAUUAUAACACUGGCCCUUAUUCCACAUAUCGUUUUACGACCUCAUCUACCACGACUGAUAAUACCAAUCACACUGGACAUUCAAGUUCUCGGUUUACUUAUUAUAAUUUCCACCAAAAAGCGCAAGAGAAUAACCGCAAACAAGAUGAAGAAAGGGCAGCCCAACGUGAACGAUUAAAAAAGGAGCUCUUCCAGAGGCAACAAGCGGAAGAAGCACAACGAAAGAAGGAAUUUGAACAAAAGGCCGAAUUCAUCAAAGCAUCAUUACUUGAAAUGCGCCGAAGAGAAAUAGAGAGGCGGAAACAGCAAAAGGAAAGGGAACAAAGACAAAAGGAGCACGAAGCAAAGAGGGAUAUCAGGAUACAACAACUUUCAGAGCAGGAUUCACGGAGUAAUCAAACUAAAGAAGAAGAGGAAGUGUUCAAGAAGGCCCGGUCUACUGAUUCGGGAGCAGACGAGACUGGUUUGAUGUCAGAUAAAGAGUUUGAUGAUUCUGCAUAUUCACCCGAUUAUUUGUUUGAAGAGAAUUUGUGGAAUAAACCAAAUCAUCCAGAUACAAAUCAUAAAACCAAAAAAUAUACUGAGAAUGUGGUUGAAAGUCUAGAUUCUCCACCAAAUGAUACAUCUGCGUACAAUUCAAGUUUUCAUGAUGAAACUAAUAUUCAAAAUGAGAUCCAAAUACCAGAAAAUGACGAGUAUGUACCACAGAUGAAAGCUACAUCCAGUGUCAAUAAUACAACCAUCCCUGCACAAAGAAGACAUGAGUCACUUUCCACUUCUGAAAACAAAAGAAGGAAAUUUGAAACAGCCGACGUUGGGGUUGAUGGGUUAGAUUCUCCAGUGCGGGCACAACCAGAAAUAUCUGCAAAAUCCAAGUCUCCGAUAAUCCCUGAUGUAAUACUUUUACUGGACGAAGAGACUGAAACUCCUGAAGCAAAUGCUGUGCAGGACAAUAGUACAUAUAUUCCUCAGGGGUCUUUAGGACACGAAUUUAGAAAUAUUUUAGAAGAGCAUCCAGGUCAAGUAAAGAAUAAACAAAAUUCUGGUGUUGCUUUUGCAUUUCCGAAUGCUUCCAAGAAUACCGAAAACAAACUCCACUCUAAUUUCAAAGAUAAAGAUGAAGGGAUAAUUGAUGUUGAAGCUUACGUACCUGAUGUCAAAGCAGCAACUUCAAACACCACACCAGCAACAGGACAAACAUCAGCAAGGUUGGAAAAACUGCCACCCUUACCUACUCAUAUUCCAAAUCCAUUGACCAUGAAUGAAGCUCGACCUCAUCCAACAACUCCACAUAAAAGAUCAAAAGUCAUUUUCGAUUUAAAAGAUUUAGAACAAAAGUUAGGUAAUGAUAUUGAGGAUUUGGAUUUUAAGGAUAUGUAUGAGAGUUUGCCUGACCAUUCAAGUAAGGCAACACCUAAAGACGAUAUUUUAACUCGUUCUAAAAGAAGACUUUAUACAUAUACCGAUGGAACAUCAAAGGCUGAAACGUUAUCUACACCAAUGAACAAAAAUCCUGUUCGUGGACAUAGUACCAAGAAAAAGCUUAGUAUGUUGGACAUGCAUGCGUCUUCUAAAAUUCAAAGUCUUUUACCUCCACAACCGCCACAAAUGUCAAUUGAUCCUUCUGUUUCCAAGCAAGUGUGGGCCAAAUACGUUGAUGCAAUCUUGACUUAUCAAAGAGAAUUUUUCAAUUAUAAAAAAGUGAUUGUUCAAUACCAAAUGGAACGGAUAAACAAAGACCUUGAACAUUUUGACGAUAUAAAUGAUGGUUCACACACUGAGAAUUUGGAUACUUUCAAGCAUUGUUUAGAACAGGAUUAUUUGGUUAUGAGUGAGUUUAAUGAAGCGUUACGACAAUUUGGUACGACCAUCGCCACGUAUCAGCAAAACCUCCAGUGGGUUAACACUUUCAUGGAAAGGGAUCCUAAUUGGCUAUAA